UUUCAGUCAGAGAGAAGACUCUGAAGGGGAAACUUUCGCUCGGAACACCUGGGAGUAGAUAUAGUAUGGCUGUAAGUUGGGAUGAGACUGAAACAGGUUCCGCAGGUGACUUGACUGCCUGCCAGCUGCAUUUACCCUACUCCAGCCUCCCACAGGGGUUGGUAGGGGCCAAUGCUCAUAGCUCCAAGAAACCCUUAGAGGAUGCCUUACAAAGGAGAGAGCUGCGCUUGCUGAAGAACAGGGAAGCCGCCCGGGAGUGUCGACGAAAGAAGAAGGAAUAUGUCAAAUGCCUCGAAAAUCGCGUGGCCGUGCUCGAAAAUCAAAACAAGACUCUGAUUGAGGAGCUUAGAGCCUUAAAAGACAUCUAUCGACACAAAGUCGAAUAAAUCCUCUAACUAUAGGAGGAACAUCGAUUGUGUGGAACUGUGUUGUCUGCUUCUGUGGGGUGUCUUGAGGACUCUGGCUUUGCUUAGACAGACACACGUACAAACACUCGCAUGAACACACACUCAGAUAAUAAGACUCCUUGUCCUUGCUGUUAAAUUUGUUUACAUGAUGAUGUCAAUGUUUCUGGCUCUGAAUUAUCCAUGAGCCACUAGCAGCAAAAACAAGAACCUUGUUUCGGGUCAGGGUUAUUGUCAGUGAGGAUCUUAUGUCCCUUUGCACAGGGAGGCUGCCAGAGCAAGCAGGAAGAGAAAGAAGGAAUAUAUGGACCACCUACAGACUCGCAAUGCCUUACUGGAGACCGAGAAUCAGUUACUGAAGGCCCAGCUGCAGAGCUUGAGCAACCUGAACAUCCGAAUACCCAACCUAGAUCAGUCACCAACACCCACGCUGUUAUCGCCUUAACUGCACUGCAUUUUACAUCCCUUUAUGAGUAGUUUUAUAAUUGGGCUCUAUUGAUAUACUGUAUCAGUUGAUAGUCUUUGUGAUGUUCUAUUUUGCUACAGGUAUUUUUUCAGGGAAAUGCUGUCAAAUGUUCACAGGAGACCUGACCAUCAGGGUUUCACACAUCAAUGUUUGUGUUUUCUUUUAUUCCACUUCAGAAAUCCUUCUCUAAGCAUACUAACAGGAAUUAAAACCCACUGAAUUUAUCACCCACCACCCAUCCUUCAUAUUUGAUGUAGCGACCCACCAGGAUCUGCUGUGCAUCUGUACAAGAACUUUUCUGCUUUUAACCUGUGGCAUUAAUAUUAGUUUGGACAAGUUUACCCUGCAUUUUUAUAGUUUUGAAUACAAGUGCAUAGUUUGUACAAAAAUAGAAAAAAAGUUUUUGUCUCAAUAUGAAUAAGUGUAUAUGGAGUUAACAAAUACAUACAUUUGUUGAGAUUGUAUUACUUUAUUGUUUUAAUUCACUUUGCUUCAUCCCAGUAUACUUGGUUAAAUUUAGAAGUCCAUUUAUGUAAUUCUCAUUUGUUUGAAUGACAAAUUUGAUGCUGAAAUCCGUUUUUUUUUUACUUCUGUGUUGGUGUUUUAUUUCUCAUCUUUUACACAUCACCCGAUGUCUUGUUAUCACCACACCUUAUUUAAAGGUCUUAGAUCUUUUUAAAAUGUAUUUGCCUCAAUAAAGUUCUUGAUCGUCUCUCUGUGUUUUAGGUUUCACACACAGUAAAUAUAAGAAGUAAAUACUGUGCACAGUGGUGUUCAGUGUUAACCAGGGGCCAGACAGAAAAAGCCCCUACAUGACUAGCUUAUAUAAAGCAUGUUGAAACAAGUGGGUUAAUUUGUUAUUAACUUGAGCUUGUGAGGGAAACAGAAGAAAGAUACCAAAGCACUGGAAUUAAUCAAGCAAUCACCAAUGCAGAAGUUCCACUGUGAGUCUCUGAUAAAGCUUUUGUUGCCGUGCUGAGUUUCAACCUUGGGUUUCUGCUCAAAAUGUGAUGUUCUGUCCUUUCAAUGAUAAUUCGGCUUGAUUGCUAGGACUGUCACUGACAAAGCAAAGGAAUGUCCUCUCUCUCUCACAUCUUUCGUUUUUUUUCAUUAAUGACACAUGUUGUGGAAGAGCCACAGUGAAUGCUGUAACAGCGAAGUCAAAUGAAUAUUUAAACAAUGGCAUUCUGCUCACAGCAAUACUCAGGAAUUCGUUGCAGUAAAAGGGAGAGUGUGUAGGUUUUCUGGUCAGAUAUCGGCCAACAAACACUGAUUAGACGAGAUUUAACACACAAGGAAAGUGGUACAGGCAUAAUUGAAGUUUUUAUUUGCUA